AUGUCAGAGACCGACAAAGUCCGAUUUCACUUGGACAGAAACCUUAGUGGUGUGACUCAGGAUCCUUUUCUCCAGGAUGAAGAGAGCAUUCCCAUUGCAGACUUAAUUCCUCAAAUUCUUCACGAAAGACAAUCAUUUCUCAACAUUACUGAAGAACAGCUUCAAGAUGAAAUCAACCAGGGAGACAUUGAUAGAGAGGAGGAAGAUGAUGAAUCACAACUUCACAAUGCUAAAGAAGCUGAUGAAGAUACUGAAUCGGCUUAUCAGGCAUUUCAGAAACGUAAAUUCGAGCUUUUGGGCAACAUCAACUCGGCUAUGAAUGAAACCUCGCUUUCCCUCGACUUUGUGUCGUUGCUCAUGUCUGCUGUCAAGCCCAACGUGGCCAAGACUACUAUCUCCCCUCACUUGACUAAGAAUGUUCCUCUUGGGUCACUCAGUUCCGAUAGACUUACCAUGGAUGAGGACUCUCAAGACAAGGCUAAAGGUGCUAAGCGAGACAACCCAGAAAGCAUAGGAUUGGGAUGGAAAUACCAGUCGCUCACGCACAUAACAGGACUAUUCAAGAAUGCGGGAGCCCAAUUGAGGGAGCAAGUUCAUAUUGAGCAUCGAUAUUGGAAUAUGAUUAACAAGGUGUUGGGACAUGGAGAAGUGCUUUUUAAGGUUCGUGAUCCAAAGACUGGCGCCAGAGCGAUCGGUGUGAAAUAUGGAUACGGAGACUCGGGAUCAAAUUAUUAUGAUAAAGGUCUUGCAGUGCUACGAAAGGAUGAGCAGACUGGAGAUGUCACCUUUAGUCCCAUCAUGACUGGCAACCACAAGAUCAGUCAAAAGUCCAAUAAGUACACGCGAAUCAAGGUUUUGAGCAAGAUUGAUGACGAUUUCAUGUUGACUGGUCAAUCUUUGUUCGAUAAGGAUGCUAUAGCAGACAAGAGCGAAUUCAAGGUGAUUAAUGAUAUUGAGAAAGCACGGUACUUUUUGUUCGAGGAUGACCUAUUCUACCAUUUGAUUCGUGAGGCAAAAAACUUGAUCAAUUAUAAUGUGUCCAUCAUUUCUAACAGAAUCAUCAUUGAGAUAUUCGACCAGAUCAUUGAGAUUGAAUCUGUGGUGUAUGACGAAGACAACGAGGAGGAGUUAAACAACACCUAUCAGAAUAUCAACAAGGAGUCAUCCAAAAACAAUGAUAAGGCACAGGCUAUCUACAUCUUUCUCAAGUUGAUGUUGUGCUGCUAUUAUGAUUACAAUCUUGAGCUCAAACAGAAGAUCCCCACUUCUUUUACCAAGUGGAAACAGUCAAAUUCCCAUCCAUUGAUGCUACGGCCACUUAUUGGGCACAUGAGACACGAGAUUAAUGUACAUCGCAUGAACAUCAUUCUCAAUAACGUGUGCAAGGCAUUGGAUGCUACUAAGUUAAGCUACGAGAUAGCAGAGGAGAAGUAUGUGAAUUUACAUACGGAGAAGCUCACAAAUCCGUUCAGAAAGGCCGUCACCAAGCCUUUGUCUAAGUUCAAAGUGAUUCUACAGAAGUUGUCAACCAAAGAGUACUUGAACGUGGAGGUUGAAGUGACCUCCUCAGAUAUAUUUGUGAACUUAGUGGUUGUGUUGACUAUCUCGAAGUACAACAAUAUUGAAGACCUUAAGCAGAACCAGCAGGGUAGCAACGUGCUACUGCUCAAGUUUACGGAUUUGAUGGACAUCGAGGAGAGUUUGAAUUGGAGUAUUUUGAAUUUCUUGCAGAAAUAG